CGCUCUCGACGGGCAACAACACGCAGCUGUUGAUCAUUGGACUUGAUCUUGCGCACUCGUUACAGGCUGCAAGGCUCGCAGCUGACAAGCUCAGCAUGUACUACACGCUUACCUUGCUUUCACUCACAGCAAUCAUCAUCUUCUUGGCGAUUCGGCACCGUGCAACCCUCGUGAGCCGCCUGCCGCCUUCAAUCCAAUCGCAUCUGCCUCCAUUACUGCAACCGUCCCCAUCUCACGGCGGCGCGGCCUACCGGCGUCUGCCCGUGUUCGACUGGGGAACCGCGCGCGACGCGGGUCUUCACUCGACCUUGUUCGACAUCGAGGCGAACAUCAAUGAUGGAGACACCAGAAGCGGGUUGGAUCAACGUGGUGCAGAAGAAGUGACCGCUAUCAUGCAUGCUCAGGGUGUGUCUUUCGAUGAGGCGCGGUUGAUACGCCAUCAGAAUAUCUUGCGGCAAAACAACAUCGAUCCACAUACUGGUAUGCCGCUUGAUAGCAAAGCUGUUCUCUCUCUCGGAGCCUCAUCUCGGCGUUGAGACACGGGCCGGCUUCAAGGAAAGUACAAGGGUUGUUGUGGUUCUCAUGGACUCUGGGGCUGUAUCAUUAGAAGGCAUUUGCUUGCUUUAAAUUACACUUCCGUUUGCGUGGAUGUAGCUCAUACUGGGCGCAGUAGAAGAGAGUUCUUUAUGUCGACGCCUCUUGAUCAGCCGAGCCUGAAACCUAAGAUGAGACCUGCCGUGAAAGUAGCGCGUUGCUGGAAAUCAGCUGUAAACGACA